AUGAUGGAAGACAACAUGUUGCCAGGUGCUCGAGGAAAAGUACCCAGAACAUAUGAAGUAGAUAAAGAACGGCAUUCCGAAAGCUAUGUCGCUGCAGUUCGUGGAUAUAAUCACAAGGACGCACAAGCGAUCUCUAUGGAUAAAUCAAAAGAUAGCUUCAAAAUACGUGCCUCUGCACCUCUUCUUCAAGAAUUUGCGAUGUCGAUACAACCAGGAGAGAACUUUAAGUAUACUAUUGUAGAGAUGGAACGCUAUAGAAACGAUCCUUUUUGGAAAACUUUGAGAUGGUUGCUGUUCAUCCUAUUUUGGUUGUUAUGGAGUUUUAUGUUUGUGGUUGCCAUUCUUAUCGUCAUCUUCAGCCCGGGCUGUACUCCCAGAGUAGUGCCGAAUUGGUGGGAGAAUGCCAUUAUUUAUCAGAUUUGGACACCAUCGUUCCAAGAUUCGGAUGCGAGUGGUGUUGGUGAUUUCAUUGGUCUUAGCAAUCGUCUUGAAAAUUUGCGGCGUCUAGGUGUGCAGGCUGUAUGGCUUAAUCCUUUUUUAUAUUCCGAUGAUUUUAAUGAUGCAGUUCAAGAUCACUUAACGGUCGAUCCAAAACUAGGUAUAAAUGACGACGCUUACAAGCUGGUCGAUGCCGUACACGACAAAGAAAUGAAAAUUGUGGUAAGCUUACCAGUGAGUAUUACAUCAAAAAACCACCUCUGGUAUCGUCAAAGUUCGCAAGCAAGUUUGGAACAAUACUCUAAUUUUUCGGAUUAUUAUCACUGGAGGAAAGCAGCUGAGGACAGUCCUUUCAUGUCAAAACAUAAGAAUGCCUCCUACAUGCAUUACAAAAACCGACCCGACUGGCCUAUUCUAAAUUGGCAAAGUGCUUCUGUUCGAGACAAUAUGUUUAAAAUAAUCUCCUUUUGGAUAGAUAAAGGCAUCGAUGGAUUCUAUUUCAGUGGGAUCGAAUACCUUGCUCGCAUGAAAUCCGCAUCUGAAGCGGAUUGGUCACGUAUCAUGGAUAUUAUUCGUGAUAUCAGAAAUCAUGUGGAUACUUAUGUGGAGAGAAAUCCAGUGUUUAAAACUAAGAUUGUAUUAUUUGCUACGCGUGAUAACGCGAGGGAAGAAGAAAAAAAGGAGUUAGUUCUGAGUGGAUUGAAUUUAGUGAUUAAUUACGAAUUGGGGAGCAUUGGGAAAGAUAAUCAAAUUUGUCACCGUACCGAGGACAAUGUCGCUGAAUGCAUUCAUGAAAUACUUACCGAACUGGUACACUUUCAUUCAACGGACAAUAUCUCUGCAAUGUGGGAGUUCGGUAAUCCACAACUCUCAAGAAUAGCUUCUCGUGUAAAGUCGCAGCAACAAGCCGAGCUGUUAACCAUGUUGCAACUACUUUUACCUGGCACUAGCAGUAUCUACUAUGGUGAUGAGAUUGGGAUGAUGGAUUUACCAAAUGAAAAAUUAGUGCCAGUGCAGAGAGGUGCUAUGCAGUGGGAUGAUUCUGUCAAUGCUGGAUUUUCAAGUGCUAUCUCAACAAACAUUCCGGUUCAUCCUGCUUUCGCACAUAAUAACUGGGCUAGGCAGUACAAUUCUCAACGCUCACAACUGAAGACAUUUCAAAAAAUGGCUCGACUGAGAAAAAGAGAUGAGACGAUUAGUUCUGGUCGCACUAUUAUUGGGCAGCUGAUUAACAGUACUUUCACGAUUACCAAAUACGUUAAAAACGAGAAUAUUUCAGCUGGAAAUACUUAUUUGGGAGCAUUCAAUUUUGGUAGAACUGACAUAGCAUUACCAAUCGAAGGAUUAGAUACAGUGAAAAAUAAGGAAUUGCAUCAAGCAAUGGUAGUCGCAUCUAGUAGCAAUGCAGACCAGUACUACUACCAUCAAAUGGUCGAUAUCAGCAGCGGCACUGUUACAAUUUCAUCUGAGCAAGGUGUCAUAUUUAAGUUAAGUUUUUGA